CUAUUAUUCACUUCGUCGUAACAAAUCAACUUCUAUCCAAAAACAACAUGAUCACGAAUUAUCGCGUGUAAACCGAAUAAUCAUUAACUCAUCUCUGUCUGAAAUUAAAAAAAUCUAGUUAGAUAGACUAAACUAGCAUCGCAUUUGCAACAAUAACAACAACAAAGGGAAUACAAAUAUUACAGGUACCAAAUGUGUAAUUAAACCAGCUGUUUCCUUAAUUAUGACGGUGUAACGUUUUUAUCCGCCGACAUACUAAUCUCCUCCCUCUAUAAAUAAAGGAGCGUCGAAUUACAUUUUUUUUUAAAAACCAGACAGCAAUGGCUAUCAACGGAUCAUUACUACCCACAAUGGAAGAAGAAUAUUCCCCCGCCGCCGCCGCUGCCAAGAUCACGGACUCCGACAUCCAGGCGGCGGAGCAGUUAAUGGAACUCAGUAAUAGCACGGCCAAUAGCGACGGCGGGACUACUUUUGUCCUCCCCGGUGACGAGAGUUCCUCCGCCGGUAGCGUCAACAUCCCGGGGAACGAUAACAAGAGGAAUAAUACGGCGGAGGAAAGGGUGGCCACGGCGGAGGAGGAGAUGGUCAGCCGGCGGCGGAAGAAGACGAGGAAGUGGCGGUCGUUGGAGAGCAUUUACAGCGCCACCGUCCGGAUCAAUUAACUAUUUUAUUUAAUUAUUACAUUUUGUAUCUCGAUAGCUUCUCCGGCUUAAUAUUAGUUUUGUUUUAAUCUUCUAUUUGUACAGUAAACUUUGUGUAUAAACGUUUUUUUGGCAU